GAAGGUGGACCCGGGAAGUGAGUGGAGGCGGUUAAGGUGCUUGUACAGGUGGCCCACAGUUGUUCAUCAGGACCAAGACGAGAAAAGGAAAACAAAGCCGGAAUGAGGAGGAACCGUCACCCUGGCCAUCUCUCUUCACUGGCCAUGCAGACUUUGAUCAGAUGGCGAGGUUACGAACGAUGGCCGCGGCACCCUCACUCCCUCUGCUCCUCCUGCUGCUGCUCUCCUUUACCUGUGCACCUGGGAAUGGGCUGGAAGGCCGUCAACACUGGUGGAACUCCGCGCGGAACGAGCUGCUGGAGGCGCUGCACGUACGAGACAACUGGAACGUGGCGAAGAACAUGAUUCUGUUCCUGGGUGACGGGAUGGGCGUGACGGCCAACACGGCGGCCAGGAUCUUCAAGGGACAGAAGCGCGGGCGGCUGGGCGAGGAGGGCUACAUGGCGUGGGAGCGGUUCCCCAACGCUGCCCUGCUGAAGACUUACAAUGUGGACAAACAAGUGCCUGACAGCGCCGGCACCGCCACAGCCUUCCUCUGCGGCAUCAAGACGAACUACUACGUGAUAGGUCUCGACUCCUCCGUGCCGCUGGGUGAUUGUAAGGCCAGCAGGAACCCGACGGCCCGCACCCCCUCGAUCCUACAGUGGGCGCAGGAGGCUGGGAAGGAUACAGGUAUCGUGACCAGCACUCGCAUCACCCACGCCACCCCCGCCGCCACCUAUGCCGCCGUGGCUCACCGUAACUGGGAGUGUGACAGCGCGGUGGUGGGCCAGGACUGCACCGAUAUCGCCCACCAGCUAGUACACGAUGAGCCAGGGAGGAACAUUAAGGUGCUUUUAGGCGGCGGGCGGCAGACAAUGGGCGUCCCCUCUGACACCGUGGACGCGACAACCUGCACGCGCAAUGACAGCCGUGACCUGACCCAAGAAUGGCUCACCCAGAAGAAGAGCGAGGGUUACAAGGCGCGCUACGUCACCACUGGGCGGGAACUGUCGCAUGUGGACCCCGACAAGAUCGAUUUCCUGAUGGGCCUCUUCCACGAGUCCCACAUGCCCUACGAGAUCGACAGAGUACCAGGACCUUCCGCCCCCCCCACCCUCAAGGACAUGACUCUCAAGGCCCUCAGACUCCUGCAGAAGAGUGACGAAGGAUUCUUUUUGUUGGUGGAAGGAGGGAGGAUCGACCACGCCCUUCACGACAACCUUCCCCACCGCGCCUUCGAGGAGACAGUGGCCAUGGAGGAUGCUGUCACCGCUGCCCUCAAGGAGGUUGACCUGGAUGAGACCCUCGUGGUGGUCACCGCCGACCACUCCCACGUGAUGACCAUGAACGGCUACCCGGACCGCGGCAACGACAUUCUGGGUUGGGUGCUGGAGAACACCACUACGGACGGGCUGCCUUACACAACCCUCAUGUUCACCAACGGCCCGGGCUUCAACUACUCGGCUGUCGACGGGAAGGUGGUGCGUCACGACCCCUCCACCGUGGACACCCGGCACCCCGACUACCGCUUCCAGGCCGCCGUGCCCACGCUGCCCAUCAAGGAGACCCACGGCGGGGAGGACGUAGCGCUCUGGGCCACAGGCCCCAUGUCGCACCUCUUCCACCGCACGCACGAGCAACACUAUGUCGCCCACGCCAUGGCAUACGCGGCGUGCAUCGGCCCGAGCGAAGAGGACUGCAAACUGGACUCUCGCAGCGCCGGAGGACGUAACCUUCGCUACCACCCCACCGAGGCGCCACGACGGAGGGCCAGCACGCGCAAGCCCUCCAGACGCACUUACAAGCCCCCUCACGGUAAUCGCAAGGCCGAAGCCGCGUCCCCGUCGAUCUCUGUGGUUCGCCCUGACUCCCCGAAGUUCCCGACGCUGUCCCCGAUCCUGCAGCAGCUCCUGAGCGAUGGCGAACUCAAGAUCCUCACGGCGACGGGUCCCGAGACAGUCAACAGCUUCAGCAACGCCUUGGACAUUCAGGAGUUGUUAGGGAGGAGCGUCACUUCAGUCCACGGUACCUAAGCAUCGUUCGUCCAGUGCCAGCGUUCUCCCUUCACCGCGUGCCUUCCGUCCUGUCUCCUCCCUUCGUCCGUGUAUCCGUCUGUCCUGUCCGUCUCGUCCCUCCCGCUCGUCCCGUCUCUCCUUGGUAAGUCUGUAGUGUUGAUGGGUAGCGCUGCACAUAUUUAGGACUGAGAGAAGGGUAGUAGGAGUAAAAUAAAGUAGUGGUUGUGAUAUAGUCUGUUCACUUAAGUCUGACCCAAGCUGACAACAUAAACCCAAGCGUGUUCGUAAGCACAGUGCAGAUUAGCAAAAAGUGCUGCGUGAGAUAAACACAAACAGAGGUUAAAGAAAACUUGGAAGCCAUAGCAGAAGCCAAUCAGCACUCAGCUUGCAACACGCUUAGGUUUAUGUUGUCAGCUUGGGUCGAACUUAAGUAAACAGAUUAUAGUUUCCGUACUGGUAGUUGUGGUUACCUGUCCUAUCUGUGAUCCUACCUUUGUGCGGUGGGCUUAGGAUGUGAGUGUGAGCAAUGUCGCCAGAUCGUCGUACUCAGCCUCUUAGAUUUACCGAUCACUUGAAAAUGGGGUCCGUCUUCGAAGUUGGAAAAUACGUUACUGAUUAAAAUUUUCUUCCGACCCAAAAACUGCCUCGUGGACCCCAAUAAGUAGAUUCACUUAUAAUUAUCGUUAAAAUAGUUAAUUCCUGAUGUUUCUUGGCAAUAGUUAAGGGGCUUUUACACUGGGCAAAUUUUCCGUGGAUCUUCAGUCAAACCACGAUUUCCGCUUGCGUGGUUCUCAUAUUUCCGCGGUUUUCUGACGUGUCCACGAUCUUCCAAAGCUACGGUAGAUUUCACCAAAGGACGACGGUAUUACUCACCAUCAUCAUCAGCAGCAAUAACAAGAAACAAAAGAGAACCACGCUAGCGGAAAUCGUGGUUUGACUUAAGAUCCACGGAAAAUUUGCCCAGUGUAAUUGCCCCUUUUGGCGUCAGAAACGGGUAAAUACUAUCCUCUGAGUACGAUAAUCUGGCAACUGUGAGUGUGAGUGUGUGUUUGAUUGAUGACACGUUAUUGAAGGAGUCUUUGGUGAUAUUUUCAUGCAAGAGUCCUUAUAGCAUGGUUUCUUGUCCGGCCUCUGUGUUGUGGGCUUAGGUUAUGAAUAUGUGUUAUUUAAGGAGUCUUUGGAAAUCAGCUGCAAUAGUAUAUCAGAAUAAGUUAUCAUCAACAUUUCUUAGGAUAUUCAUGAUUAUUUUCAACCGAUCCGAGCUUCCUUUUCACAUGCCAGAGUUCUUAUAACAAAUCCCAUGUCAUUAUAAUUAAGGAAUCUGCCUGCAAUAGUAUAUCACAAUAAGUUAUCGACAUUUCUUAGGAGUAUUCAUGAUUAUUUUCUACCAAUCCAAGUUUCGUUUUCACAUGCAAAAGUUCUUAUAGCAAAUCCCAUGUCAUUACACUUAAGGAAUCUGUCUUGAAGUCUGGAAUGAUAACUUUUGCGGUUUAUUUAGCUUCUUCAAAGAAAUGAGAUGGACUGAUAAUGACGAUUUAGUUUAAUGGACUAGUUACAUCGUCGGUGCUUUCGUCUGAGGGGAGAACUCUUUCGCUGAGCGUUCGAGUGUACAUGAAACAACGCUUGUCACUCUGUAGCCUCGAGUGAAUGUUUGAGUAAAUAUCUGUGUCAAUGCGUGCUUGGUGGAUGUUCUCUUUAGUAAUUUAUAGUUUUUGUGUUUGUUGUCUAUCCUUCUGUAGCUGGCGGGUCUUUCUGUGUGUUUAGAUCUGUAAGAGUUGUAAAGAUUGCCUAGUGUGAGCGUGUCAACUCGGGCAGACGUGUCAUCCCAUGUGCAAUAAGUGAAGGAGAUGGAGAGUGGAGGCUGAGAAAGACCAUCUCCUUACAGUACAAUAAAUGAGUGUAUAGUAAUUC